AUGGCGGACGCGGAUGAGGAUGUCAUCCCUCCAGCCUCUGCCUCUGGUCCCGACGACCUCGAAGACGAAACCCAAGAUUUCCGCUUCCUCAGCCAGUUGAUAUCCUCCUCAAAGACCGGUCAAGCCAUAAUCCCCAAGCGCGGUAUAAAGGACUUCGAGCCAAAUCCCACGCGGUCGCAGGCCUCAGCCCUUGAUGCUUCUCUCCUGGCAAUGCACACCGCCCUUAGCGCGGUGCGUGUACAGACAGCCAAAAACCACGUCGUGGGACAGUAUCUCCCUGACGAAGACGAUUGGAGAUGGGAUAGCGAUGAAUCGACAGGCAGAAACGGCCGGUGCGUUGUGGUGUACAAGUUCAAGAGCCCGCAUUUGAAGGUGAUGGGCCAAGCGGACAGGAAUAACUGGGUUUGGCUGUUGCCUGAAGAGGCGCUGUUUCUGUUGGAAAGGGGGAGCCUUGAUAUCAGAUGGCCGGAUGUCAACGAUGAGAAUAAUGGUGUGCUGACUGGAAAGGAGGAUAAACCCUGCAACGUCGCCGCCGCAGAGGAAGAUGCUGCAGCUCAAGAACCACCCACCGUCGCGCCAGAAAAUAGGACGGAUACUACAACGACUCCGAGCGUGGAGCCUUCCCCAGGCGAGCUCCCGAUGAGUCUCCAGGGUGCCUACGCCAGUUUCAUCGGCAAAGAUGGAUUGACAUUAGAGCGCUAUACGGUUUACGCAGGGCUCAAGAGAGCGGGGUAUAUUGUUCAGCGGGCCCCGACCUGGAACGAUACACAUCCUUCCCAAGCGAAUGGACACGGCUGCCAAAGUGUAUUGUCGCCCAUUUCACCAUCUCCACCGUCAGCCUCCGCUUCUGGCAGAUCUCAAUUUCGAGGGACAGUUGCGACCCUCGUCAACAGGUUGGUAUCCUGGCUCUUAAAACCUAGUCAAGACAGGUCUUGUCCUUCACUCGGGCCCCUCGUCGCUCCAGGCCUGUACAGGAACUAUGCAGAUAUAUUUCGCGCGCUGGCAUUAAUUCCUUAUCACGAGCCUUCUAGCACCAAUGCAACUCACAACUCAGAUCCUGUGUCCUCACCACGACAACAGGCCCCCGAGGCUCCUUUCCGCAUCCACUUCCACGUCUGGAAGCCCAACGUCUCUGCAACUUACAAGAAGACCUCACCACCGCCAGAAGACUACCGAAUCUGCGUGGUCGACGCUCGUUCGACGCCCUCGAUGCCAUCUUUGUCAGAAAUAGGCCCUCUUCUGGAUGCUCAACCCGAGGAUUCUCUCUCCAGAGCGCAGGCGGGCAGAUUGGAGACGAGGCUCAAAUAUGGACGAAAGAAUGUGUUAUUGGCGGUGGUGGACAUGGGUGUCGUGAGCUAUCUGAGACUGAGUGACGCAUGUUUCGGAGCCGAAAAGCUGUACGAAGAGAGAACCAGGGCAGGGACAAAGGGCCGAUCCAGGAGACCACACGGUCAAGGCCAGAGCCGGAGGCAAGGACAAGGCCGGAAGUAA